GGGCAAGGAGAGGCGGGGGUCGGAGGCGCGCCGGGAGGAGGCCGGGGGGGCCGCCGAUAGUCGCCCGCCGCUGCCGCCAUCAUGUCGCUCCACGGGAAGCGCAAGGAGAUCUACAAGUACGAGGCGCCCUGGACCGUCUACGCCAUGAACUGGAGCGUCCGGCCGGACAAGCGCUUCAGGCUGGCGCUCGGCAGCUUCGUCGAGGAGUACAACAACAAGGUUCAACUUGUUGGGCUAGAUGAAGAAAGCUCAGAGUUCAUUUGUAGAAAUACUUUUGAUCACCCAUAUCCUACUACCAAGUUAAUGUGGAUCCCAGACACCAAGGGGGUUUAUCCAGAUCUUUUGGCAACCAGUGGUGACUACCUGCGUGUAUGGAGAGUAGGUGAAACAGAGACCAGACUAGAGUGUUUGCUGAACAACAACAAAAAUUCGGAUUUCUGUGCACCACUGACAUCUUUUGAUUGGAAUGAAGUGGAUCCUUAUCUGCUGGGCACCUCAAGCAUCGACACAACCUGCACAAUCUGGGGUUUGGAGACCGGCCAGGUCUUGGGGAGAGUGAAUUUGGUGUCAGGCCAUGUCAAGACCCAGCUGAUUGCUCAUGAUAAAGAGGUAUAUGAUAUUGCAUUCAGCCGUGCAGGAGGCGGGAGAGACAUGUUUGCUUCUGUUGGUGCUGAUGGCUCAGUAAGGAUGUUUGACUUGCGACAUCUGGAGCACAGCACUAUUAUCUAUGAGGACCCUCAGCAUCACCCACUGCUCCGCCUUUGCUGGAAUAAACAGGACCCCAAUUACCUUGCUACAAUGGCCAUGGACGGCAUGGAGGUGGUCAUUCUAGAUGUCAGAGUCCCUUGUACUCCUGUUGCCAGGCUGAACAACCACAGAGCAUGUGUGAAUGGCAUUGCUUGGGCACCCCACUCGUCUUGCCAUAUCUGCACAGCAGCGGAUGACCAUCAAGCUCUUAUCUGGGAUAUCCAGCAAAUGCCUCGUGCUAUUGAGGACCCAAUAUUGGCCUACACAGCAGAGGGAGAAAUCAACAAUGUACAGUGGGCAUCAACCCAACCAGACUGGAUAGCAAUUUGUUACAAUAACUGUCUCGAAAUCUUGAGAGUGUAAAAACUGCUGGGCCAUAAAAGAAAAUGAAGCAGGACUGUCCCACCCUCUUCCCGUUCUCUUCUAAAGCUGAGCAAAACAUCAUGUAGGUGGUGCCAACAGCUCUCAUCAGUUUGUUCUAAGACUGACAAUUGGAGUUGAUGGGUAUGUUACAAGCAAUCUCUCCCCUUGUGUGAAACGAAAAAGCAAAGGUGUGUUGAGCCUCUUGGCCCUUGUGGAGUUUUUAAUACUUCUUUCUAUCAAAGUCGUGUAUAUAUGACCACUGUUAAGUGAGCAUUGUGUUAACCCUCACCCUAACAUUUACCACCCUAACAGAAAUAAUUUGUUACUACUGAUGUUGUAGAACUGUUCGAUGUUUUAGUGGUGGAAUACUUAGAUAACUUUCUGUAAGAAUUCAACUUUUUUUAAAGCUCUUCUCCAACUGUCUGCCCAUCACUCACUUUUGAUGAGUGUUGUAAAUGUAGCCUCUGCAUAAAGGUUAUGAAUAAAACUGUUGAACAAUAUGCAAAGAAUUGUUGAUGUUGGAAGCGCUGUUGCAAGAAGUUUCUUUUUCAGAAACUCAAAGGGCUUUGCAGAAUCUAGCUGCCCCUCUUCCCCCCUGCCUCCACCAGUAAUUUUUGUUCUCCCUUGCUAGCAGACCUGUGGUGUCUUCCUUAAAGUAAAGCUUAAAGUUGGCUGUCCAAUAUCCAGUCUAUUUUCUGCAGUCCUCUCCCUCUACUUAGAAUCCUCAGUAAAAAGCAAUGUAUAAUAGUGUGUAGGUCUCAAGCCUCUAAAUAGAGAAGUACGCUGUUGAAAUGCACAUGCAUUGCUCACAUUCCUCCUUCCUAGUUUUUAAAAAAACCUCUCUAAAAAAAAUAGCAAACUCCACCAAUACCAAAACACCAAGCAUUUUCUUAAGAUGUAUUGCCUUUAACUUUUGAGGAGUGACUUUCAUCCCAAGACUGUUUUGUUGUUGUGGGAAGUAUUCAGCGAAAUUCAAAAUUUCUUUCUUAAAAUAGUAUAUGCGGAGGUAAUAUGUUGACAAUGAUAAUAUAGAAUAGUAUUGUGGUCUCUUAGAGACUUUGUAAUAUGACCAGCCAGUAUAGUUCACAGGCUUCUACAGGUAUUCCAGACCGCUUCUUCAAAAGAUGCCAGGGCUUCAACCGUAUCAGCUUUGGCCAUCGAAACACACAAAUAUUUGUGCUGUCAAACCCUUCACAGCUGGAAUCAACCAGCAGUUGGGAGUGUUCCAGGCUGUGUGGCCAUGGUCUGGUGGUUUUAGCUCCUAAUGUUUCGCCUGCAUCUGCUGCUGGCAUUUUCAGAGGCAUGGCGCAGUAAGUUGUGUUUCUAUCUGUGGUGCAGUUUCUUUCUGUCCAUGCUCUGUCAGGGAGAGACACACAACUCACCAUGACAUUCCCCUGAAGAUGCUAGCUGCAGAUGCAGGCAAAAUGUUAGGAGCUAAAACCACCAGACCACGGCCACACAGCCUAGAUAUCCCACAACAGCCGCACAAAUAUUUAUUUGUGAUUUCUUUUUUUAUCCUUUCUCAAAAGCUUUCACCCAGCCGGCUGGCUUCUUUAAACAUCAGAGAAGAGAUUAAAAAUGGUUCCACGUGUAACCUUCUGAAACGGACAUAUGACAAGAACACCGACAAUAUACACAUAGUGACAAACCUGUUACUGUUUUGUAGUACUUAAGUAUAGUGGUGGGGAAAUGUGGUGAUGUGUAUCAAAUAUACUUGUUCAUACAGUACUGGCUUAUCUUGCUUCAGUUUAAAGUGUGGAGAUGAUCAUUCUCCCCCUCCUCUUCCCAUCUCCAACUAGUUAAGGCAUAUUUAAUACUUCUAGGUUGAUACAGAGCUACAGAAGCGACUAGAUUCAAACAAGUUUGUUUGUGCUGGUUAGUAUGUACUUGGGGAAGGAGCUAAGAGCUGCAGAUUUAUAGUGUGUGCAAAGAAAGAUGACAGGUGGUAUACAUCAUAUGGAUUAAUCUGAGCUGAAGCUUUUCUAUAAACCAAUGCUAAUGUAUAUAAUGUUUCUUCUGUACUUCCUCUGUUGUGGUGACUUCCUGAAAGUGUGAACUUAGUUGCAUGAUUGUAUAAGAAUCCUGGAUUACUUGUCCUUUUCAAAUAAGCAAUAGUGAUCUUACGUUUCUUUUCUAAGUCUAAGGUAUUGCCUAUAUUUCCUUAGCCAAUAGCAUUUGAUAAAAUUAUUGCUGCACUAGCUUUAAUAGUACUUUUAUGUGGCAAAGAGUGGUUAACAUGUUAUGGUAUUCCUUUUUAUUUCUAUGAAAAGACUAUAUUUCAUUUUGUCUUGGUUUUGAGGAUCUGAUUUCUAGAACUGUAUCAAAAGUCUGUAUUAAAAUUAAUGUUUUUAAAAGGCUUGAAGUCAAAUGCAAGAACUUAAAUAUUGUUCUGCUGUAGACCAUAGCUUGUUAAACUCCUGUAUAUUCUGCCUUACUCUUAAUUAAGUGGAGCAUUUUACAAUUCUUCCUAUUACAUAAAAAUAUAAAAGAAUGUGGCAACAUUAAAUUUUUAAAACUCAAAA